UCCUCCUCCCUGCUCUGUGUUCUGUCUCCUCUCCUCCUUCAUCCUUAGCCCUUGUAAUUAGUUGAGCGCUGGUGGUGGUGCCUGUAUUGUAAUGGUGGUUAAGAAUGGGCCCUCAUUGCAGCUCAUUGUUCUUAAGCUGCACAUCUGUCUCUCCACUCAUCACAAAGAUCAUUUUGCUAAUCUGUUAAAAUGAACCCCCACCAACCCCCCCUCCCUCGCUCUCUCUCUCUCCCUCCCUCCCUCUCUCAUUCAGAAUGCCGUGCGCCACAACCUGAGUCUGCAUAAGUGUUUUGUGCGCGUGGAGAAUGUUAAAGGAGCCGUGUGGACCGUGGAUGAAGUGGAAUACCAAAAGAGGAGACCACCAAAGAUGACCGGAAGCCCUACACUGGUGAAGAACAUGAUUUCUGGGCUCGGUUUCGGAUCCCUCAAUGCCAGCUACCAGGCAGCGCUUACAGAAAGCAGUUUGAGCCUGUUCAACAGCUCCACAAUGGCGGCGCUUGCGGAGAGCAGUCUGAGCCUGCUCAACAGCCCGUCUCUGGUCAACACCAGUGGCGGUGGCGGGAGCCUCAACAUGCUGCACGUUGGCCACGAUGACGUCAGUAGCACCGUGGAACAGGUCAACAGCAACGGCAGCUGCAGCCCUGGCCUGUCCCCACAGCAGUACGGCCACCAGGUGCAUGUGAAAGAGGAGCCUGCUGAGCUGGAGGAGGAUAGCCGGCCGGUGUCCCUGAUGGCCAGUGUGUCCCAGAACCUGAGCCUGCCCACCGACGAGCGCGAUCUGGAGGAGGAGAUGCCCCCCGAGGAGCUGGAGUAGGAUUGGUCCACGCCCGGAGAGGGGGCGGGGCCUACCGGGCACCGCCGCUGACCCUUAGAGGAAGAGGAGGAGGAGGAGGAGGGAUAAUGAAAUGACCACAAACAAGUGAGGAGGAGAAAAAAAAGAAAAAAACCAACAACAUCAAAUAAAACCAAAACAGGGUUAGACCUUACCUGCUCAUGAAUGCAAAAAUGACAGAACAGCCAUUUCACUUUAUGCCCCCAUGUUAGAACUGCCCCCUGCCCUUCAUUCUGUAAGUGUAAACACCCCCCACCCCCACCCUGGAUUGCCCAACAGAAGCUCUUGUCCACCACAGUUCCAUAGUUUCAGUAUCCAGGUGGAGUCACAGAGACGGUUGUCAUGGUAUCCAGAGGGAGUGUAGUUGUUAAGUUGUUGUUCGGUGCCGGUGUUGCUUUGGAACCAGAAAAAGUUCAAUAUACAUACAGGUGUGUGAGUGUUUGCUAGGCAACACAUAAGGUUGCCAUUUUUUGUAAGUCCCUAAGAGAUCUAACUCUGUUUUUUGUUUUCUUUUAAGUGGUAUUUUUGUUCUUUUUUUUUUUUUUUUUUUUUUCGCCUCCAAACACUGCUUUUGCUUUUGGACAUAAAGGAAGGACAGUGGAGAUGUAAACGAGGGACGCUCAGACAGGGGGCCUCGUGACGAGGGGAAAGUGAGUGAUGCCAGGACAGUCAUCAGCCACACGAGGGUCUUGUUUUGCAACAAACCAGGACUCGAGCAGGACUCUGACCGCCACCUCCUCGUCUGCCUGAGGACCCCAGUAUUCCGUGUGUGUGUGUGUGUGUGUGUUUUUCUGAGAUCAGUGUGGGCAGGGUUGGGGCAACGUUAGCCUUGGAGACCAGGCAGACUGUUCGCCCCAGAGAUUGAGAGAGAGAGAGAGAAAGAGAAAGAGAAGAAAAAGAAAGGAAAAAAGCCCCCUGUCAGUUUCUAUUUCUGAGGGAUCAACACGCUCCAAGAAGCAGCAAGAAUGUUGUGUGUGUGUGUGUGUGUCCAUCACCCUUCUUUUGUUAGAGAGAAAAGGACAAAGAAAACACACACGCAAAUAAAUACAUAAAGGGGAAGAAAACGCUGGUGGAGGAAAAGGAACUUUUGGGGUGACGGGGGGGGGGGGGGGGGGGUUUCCACCUGCCCCCCUCAUGCCCCCCUCAUGCCCCCCUCAUGCCCCCUGCCCCUCCGCACUCACACACACACACACACACACACACACACACACACACACACACAAAACCGUCUGCACUGCUCACUCCAUCACACAUGUGCAGCAGCCUUUCUGCUCCUGUUGUUAUUCUUGUUGUUGGUGAUACUUUUAUUUGCCUCACUGGUCAAUGAUGACCAAGGAUCAACAUUUUGGAUUUUGCUAUGUAAUUUAGUAACAGUUUGCAGUCAGUUGCAAGUUGUGUUUUUUUUUUUUUUUUUUACCAUUCCAUAUCUCUGAGCUGGGAAUAGAUUGACAUCCCCCCCACCCCCAAACACACACACACACACACACACACACACACACACACACACACACACACACACACGGCGGGAUGUGGCAUUCACUGAACAUAAACUUCAACUCAGUUGAGCUUCUGGUUCCAGCACAGACGGAACUCUAGAGCGCCAUCUAAAGGACCAGGGAAAGUUCCGCUUUUAUUUCUUUUCUUUUUUUUGGUUCAAAUACCUCAUGCCAGAGAGUCUCCAUCUGUUCCCUACUCUAGCCAGUGUUAAAAUGGAGAUCUCUGCGUGUGGAUGAGCAACAAGGACCCACUCUCUCAGCAUCACUCCUGGGGCAUCAUGAGUAGAUGUUAGAAAAAGCUGUUUGCUGUUCACUGUGUAUGUUGGGAUGUGUCCAAAUAGCAUGUGAGAUUUCUUUUUGUUUUUGAUCAAUACGCAAAAGCAUAUACCAUUCUAUCAGCAGUGCCAUACCAAAAUUUAGCAGUUUAUUUUCUUGUUUGUUUAUAUUUUCCCCAUUUAUGCUUUCGUUACAGGUUACCAAAGAAACGUGUAGAGAACCAAAAACCCUUCCUUUUUUGUAUUUUUAUGAUGAAAUUAAUUAUUAUAAUUUUCCUCCAAAAUGACUGGCCAAAACAACAAAGAUUCAUAGCAUGAUUGAUUGCUCUUUUCAUAACUUUUACAAUUUAACACCAUUCUUUCACUCCUUACAGUACCAGAGCAUUCCAAAUACCAAAGUGUAAAAUACAAAAGAUAAUUUGGUUGCUUAGACACUGUUGGAAAAUACUUUCACCAGAGAAACACACACACAGACACAGACACACAUUCUUGGAUGGUGCCAGGCCAAAAAUACAGUAUUAUCAGGCAUCCUGCAGUUCCGUAACUAAAGAUAAAAUAAAAAAGCACUUAAAACUCCUCUCUCAGCUCAGGCAGUGAAGGUGUUCAGAACACUUUGAGCCUCAUCGUCAAAGAUUGCAAAUAAAUUUACUAUCAUAAGGCACUUGAAGAAAAAAAUCAAAUAAAGAAGGACUGUAUUCUACGUUGGUGGGACACCUGAAGCCAGCAUAACCCGAUCUCAGCUGCAUCGCUCAUGAAGGGAUGUUUAUUCACCAGGUUUAUUUACCAUGUUUAUUUACAACAUAUCGACUGAUUUGAACAGACUCAGUAAUUCCACCAGUACCAAAAAUAAAGAACAAGUUUUUCCUAGGAUCAAAAAGACAGUAUUUAACCUCGUCAUUUCGUUUUGCGCUAGUAGAAACAUGUGUAUGUGUGUUUGAAGUCGGCAUCUAAGUCGCUGAUAAAAAAAAAACAAAACAUUUCAAAUGCUUAUUUGAACAUUCAGUGAACAGAGCGCUUGUUGUAGGCCUGUGUGUGUGUUGGGGGAUGGAAGGGGGAAGAAUGAUUGACACACAUUGUAAUGCGCUCACGCUAGUGGGAGAGAAGCAUUUUGCAGGAACAUUUUUUUUUUUUCAAACCACCUCAGCGCUCAACUCUUUGCACUUCAAACCAUUUUUGAUCAAGGAGGAGACGUUGUUCCAAAAUGACUGACGGUGUCCCUCAAUCUUUCUUCUGUUUACUCGCGGCAGGAUGCACCCAGACAAGAUAUUUAAGUAAAAGUACCAACACCUGGGACGUCUUGAAAAAACACAACAGAAAACCAAAAAACAAAAAAAAAGAUCACGCUACCUCCUUUUGAAAAUGGUUCACAAAAUGUUAAACUCAUAAGAGAGAGAAAGAGAAACUCCAGUGUUCUAGCAGUAGUGUUUUUGUGUUCAUUCCUCCUAGUAAAACAAAAAAAAAUACCAAAUCCUAGUUAAGCGUCACUUCAAAGAGAAGCGAGCAGGCGUGCGUAGCCACGCUGCAUUAACGGACCGUGAGUGGAGGCGGACUAGCAGGUGGCCCGCGUGAUGUUCAGAAAAGACGACUACCUCUCCAGAAAAAUAAAACCCUAAAAAUGCUGAGGUUCAGCAGCGAGCGCCCGGCAUUUUAAGUGGUCAACAUAUUUAAAAGGUCUAUUCCAAAUUGCAUAUUCUCCAUCUUUAAGUGUUCUAUUAGCAUAGAGUCUCUUCACAGGCUACUGGGAGCACAGGCUUAAUUGUGCGUUCUAAUUGGGUACGCAUCAUAAUGGCCGGGGCCUGCUUUAAGCCAAUGAGAGCCACCGAGGUGGCGGGUCAUUUGCAUAUACUCAAUGGGGCAGUGUCAAAAGUGAUGACAAGAAGAAGGCAUUAGCCAGGCGCCCACCGCCUCCUAAAUGGCCGAGGUUUCCAAUUAAUGCAACGUAUGGCUUUUGUGAUGGCUGUGGGGAAAAAAGACAAAACACACAGACACACACACACUAUCUCUGGCACACACACAAAGAAAGUCAUUUUACCUUUUGGAAGUGAGGAGGGCACGCAGUGUGUAGCAGUGUGUCGGGCCGAAGGUGAAGACACACACACACACACACACACACACACACACACACACACACACACACACACAAGCCAGGCUGGAGAGCUCCGUAUGCCAACCAAACUAUCCAAAGAGAACCCAGAGCUUGGGCCCUAUUGCUGCAAGCGUCAGUGUGUGAACAUAAUAAUAAUAAUAAUAAUAACAAUAAUAAUAUCAAUACUACCGCUGAUGAUAACUCUAAAGAUGAUGAUUAUAACGAUGAUGGUGCAUAUGUAAGAGGAAUUCCACUGCUCCUGAUCCAGUAAGGAGGAACUGCUGCAUCCACUAAAUGAUCUUUGAUGUGCUUUAAGGUACACCUGUACACAGAGCUGUUUUAUAAGAUGUAGAUUGACAUGCGUUGAUGGUAUUAGCGAUCGCCAGAACACUUGUGUUACUUCUACAAACUUGUUAUGAUGUGUUUUUGUAUACUGCAGCUUGGCUUCGCUCUGAAGGGCAUUUUUCUUUCUCUUUCGGUCUCUUGAUUUUCCUUUUGAAUUGUUUUGGUUUCUUAUUUUGUUCUGCACCUGUUUAGCUAUUGUAAAGCUUUGCGCUCCUAUACUGUACUGCUUCUGCUGAAGUCUCUGUAUUUAUCAUAAGUGCUGCCAGUCUCAUGGUUCAAUAGGUUUUUUCUUUGUUUCUUUAUCUUCAUAAAACGUCUGGGACGAUGAUUUUUUAAAUGUAUUAUCUCUAAAAAAGAAAAAGAAAUAAAAGUUAGUAAGCGGUUUAGAUAACACACCUGUUUGUAUAUUUAUCUUAGCUAGGUCUAUUUUGAUACAUUUUGUCUCUGUACCGCAUUUAUGCAUUUUUAAGGAAAAAAAAAAAAAGAAAGAAAACAAACUAAAAAGUUGAACUCGUUGUGUAUUGAUACCUCAGAGGGAUUUUUCUCAGACACAGGACCAAAACCUCAAAAAAAAAAAAGAAGAAUAAAAAAAAAGAUUAAAGAUAUGUAGCCCUCUCCUGCUUUAAAGACAGAGCAAAAUUCUAAAGAUGUUUUGUUGGUCCAGUUAGGUCCAAUGUGUGUAUAGAUUCCCUUUAAACUGAACCAUUCCUGUGCUGACCCAUCACAUCCGGAUGCGUUGCCAGGCAGGGCAGUGGUCGUCGGGGUGCGUCUCCCGAGUUGCCGCAGUAACGGAUGUAAACGCAGGCUCCACACAGGUUAAGAGAGCCGUGUGUCAUUAGAAUGGGGGGGGGGGGGAGAGAGCUGUGAUCUCUGCUUUAUAAACUUCAGCGUGUCCUCUGUCGCUACGCUGAUUGUCUGUUCCCCCACAGAUAUCCUCAGAGCAUGAGAGAGAGGGAAGGCCAGAGGGAGGGAGGAAUGGAGAGAGAGAAAGAGAGCGCGUCGUUGAUUUCCCUCUAGACUUAAGACUAAGGACUCUACUUGCCCUCUCCAAUUGACAGAGGAUACAAAGGCUUUAUAGAAACACUAUUAAAUAGAUUGUGUUUGUUAUUUCUUUUUGUCAUUAAGUGUUUGCAAAGCGUAUUUCUCUCAGCGGCAUACCAAAUGAGUUUUUUUUUUUCCCUUGUUGAUGUUUUUGCUUUUAUUUUUUUUAUUAUUAUUAUUUGUUUUAUUUGCAGUCUUGCAGAAAUGAAUUUCAUCAUCUUUGCCCACCAAAGGGUGUUGUGGGGGGGCUGUUUCAUCAUCUUUGCCCACCAAAGGGUGUUGUAUGGGGGCCAUUUGUUCUCCCACAACUUGUAACCAAACCAAUAAAAAAAAAAGGUCAAAGGUGAAUGGGAAUCGUCUCGGCACUGCCAUGUGCUCCACUCUCGCGUACCACUCUUAGCGUUAGCAUUAGCGUUAGCCUAGUCCUAGCAGAGGCUCUCGGCUCCCCCGGCCCUUAGUCGGCUGGCUCAUAGCGCCACCAUCCCUGUGACGGGCGGCCGAGAGGGGGCCCCUGUGCAUCAGCGCCCCCUUGUGCUGGGUGUGUGCCUAGCGCCCAGCCUGGCGGUGCUGGCUGGCAUCUGGGCCAACGGUGCACGAAGCCACCACUGUACAGCGGCGCCCGGUACUCUGGGCGUUCCUUACGAAUGUGUGUGUACAUUUCCAGCAGCGACGCCAAACUCUUCUGCUCUGCUUUAGUUCCUGUUUUAGCGUUUACCUCUUUCUGUUCAAUUGUUAUCUUUUAAAAGAGACUCGGGGGAGAAAAAAAGGUGGUGGUUUUGAGAUGGUAUUACAGAGAGAAAAAAAAUAACAAAAAAAAAGACCCAAAAAAGGCAACUUGCCAUUCACUUUGUUUUUCUGUUUCUUCCACCUCGGGACGGCCAUGUUUUUGACAGUCACUGCCGAUCUUCUUCAUGCUGUAUAAACCUCUAUAUCUGUGUAUUUGUAACCGGAAUCUUCUUGUGUCUGUCCACGCAGACAAUAAAAAACCUGUACAGUAGAGUUAGUUGCAUGUAAUCUGUACUAAUUAUUGACAAUGGCAUUAUAAAAUGCAAUAAAAUACUUAUUACACUGUC